AUGGACGACUUUCAGGGCUUUGCAUCUCUCCCCCUUUUGGUGACCCUUAGCAUACCUAUAGUCCUGUAUCUCCUUUACCAUCUCGUCCUCUUUCCGCUGUUUCGUUCUGAUCUUCGCUCCAUCCCAGGCCCAGUCUUUGCCAAGCUAACUGACCUAUACCGUCUCCUGCUGGUUCGUACUGGGUCUGCCCACGAGCAUCAUAUCCGCCUUCACGAGCGCUAUGGACCCCUUGUUCGCCUUGGGCCCAACAAUGUCUCCGUUGGCUCUCCCGCCGCUAUCCCCGUCCUUUAUAACACGCGUACUCGCUACCCCAAAUCGGCGUUUUACCCGGUGAUGGGAAACGUGGCUCAUGGGAAGGUUGUUCCAACUAUUUUCUCCACACGCGACGAAUCUGUUCACGAGACGAUGAAGCGCCCUAUCGCGCAAGUGUACGCCAUGACAAAUCUUAGGACGUAUGAACCACUGGUGGAGAGCACUGAGUCCUUAUUCUUGAAGAAGCUAGACAAAUUGGCGGAUGAAGGGAGAACCUUUGACCUGGGCACGUGGCUGCAUUGGUUCGCGACUGAUGUUAUUAUGGAGAUCACAUUUGGAAAGAGACUUGGGUUUUUGGAGAGGGAGGAGGAUGUGGAUGGCAUCCUAGAAACAAUAGAGGGCCGGUUUUGGUAUGUUGCUGUUACAGGCCAGAUGCCCUGGCUCGAUAAGGUAUUGCACAAAAAUCCUCUUGUGGGCUUUUUUUCGGGUCUUUUUUCAAAGAAAAAAGUGUCUCCUGUCCUGGAAUUUGCUCUUAAACGAAUAGAAGAGCGGAAAAUGGAGCGCCAUGAUCACCCAGAAAAGAAAGGUCAAGAGCGGGACUUUUUGGCCCGGUUUCUGGACAUUCAGGAUAGUUACUCGCCGAGCAUCCCUGAUUCCCCAACAUACAUCUAUUACUCUACUGAUAUAUGGUAUUAUUGUAGUUGGAUAAUAUCUUGGUGUCAACAAAACGUUCAGGCCGGUUCCGAUUCCACUGCAAUUACGCUGACUUCAGUGAUAUAUCACCUCUUGAAGAGCCCAGACUCCAUGAAAUCUUUGCUUGCCGAAUUGGAUAAUGCCAGUCUUCCGUCGCCAGUUCCCUGGGAUAUUGCACAUAAGCUCCCCUACCUUGAUUCUUGCAUUAAGGAAGCGUUGAGGAUGACUCCGGCGAUAGGAAUCCCAUUGGAGCGUGUUGCUCCGGAGGAAGGGAUAGAGCUAUGUGGCAAGCGCUUCGAAUGUGGAACAGUGCUUGGAGUGAACGCUUGGGUUGCACAAAGGAACGAGGAGGUGUAUGGGUCAGAUGCUGCUUUCUGGAGGCCCGGACGCUGGAAUGAAGCAAGCCAAGAUAAGAGGAAAGAGAUGGAGCGGGCACUUUUUGCGCGAUUCAACUUCUACAUCGGCCAAGAGGGAAAUACUGAUAUCGAUUUUAUUAGUUUGGAGGGGGGUCAAGAGUUUGCCUUGGAAAAAACAUCUCGUAUUUAG